AUGGGUGCUCACACAGGCUUGUUGUUCCUGGUUCUUGCGGCCCUCUGCGCCACCAUCAACGCCAUUCCCACGAUCUCAGCGGUCGGCGUUGCCUACCAGCUGGUCGAAGAUGACCCCCUCGUGAACACUACGCAAUGCAAACUCGAUGCCGCACUCAUGCAACAGCUGGGUGCCAACACCAUUCGUGUAUACCAUGUGGACGCUACCGCAGACCAUUCAGGUUGCAUGAACGCUUUCGCCGCUGUUGGGAUCUACCUGUUUGUGGACAUGGACAGCUUCACCACAUACAUUCGAUACGACACUGACUCGUCGUGGACCACGAACAAAUCCGCUUCUUACAGAGCUGUUAUGGACAACUUUCAACAAUACGACAACACCGCUGGCUUUUUCGUGGGAAACGAGGUGCUCAAUGUUUUGGCUGAUUCUGGGGCUGCUCCGUACCUUCUCUCCGCCGCCGCCGACCUCAAGAGUUAUCGGGAUGCCAAAGGCUACCGCAAGAUCCCCAUCGGCUACUCGGCCACAGACACCGCCGUCCUUCGGCCCAUGCUUCAGGAUUACUUGGUGUGCCGUCCUAACGUGACAGAACGCCUCGAUUUCUAUGCCCUGAACAGCUACGAGUGGUGCGGAUCCAGCCCAGAUUUCCAGACUUCAGGAUACGUCGGUUUGCAGGCGCUUGCCGAAAAUUACCCGGUCCCUAUUUUUUUCUCAGAGGAUGGGUGCAAUACCGUGCCGCCGCGAACAUUCGACGACCAGGCUGCAAUCUUUGGCCCCCAGAUGGUCGACACCUGGUCAGGGGCCAUCAUCUACGAGUGGAUUCAGGAGAUGAACGAUUACGGACUCGUCUCGUACGGGCCGCAGGUCGGAGCAGACGUCAACGACGGGUCGAUUGUUGUGCAAGGAUUCACCCGCCAAGGAGUGCCGACCCCGGUGUCACCGGAUUUCAGCAACCUCCAACAACAAUGGAAGACGCUGACCCCGACUGGCGUGAGCUCGGCGCAGUAUGCAGCGACGGUGACGACGACGCCACCGGCUUGCCCCAGUUCGACCGCAGGAGGAUGGACAGUGGACCCCAGUGCGCCUCUCCCAACGAUUGGAGUUGGUGCCGUGUCAGCAGGUAUGCCAAGCGGCGUGCCGAAGGGCAGCAUUACCGUGACCCCUUCUGCCGCCGGGACCCUUUCUCUUUCUACUUCACUCUCUGUUUCUCCUUCGGAACCGAUUUCGCAGGCCAGUAGUACUUACAGCUCGACAGUCACCCCGUCGAUCAGCUCGAAGGCCAGCAGCACGACUUCCGGAGGCGCUAGCUCGGCGACCUCCAAAGGAGCGGCUGGUCGAACCGUUUCCGGACCUCUUUCGUUCCAGGGUGUUGGAUUUGUAGGUAUGGUGCUUGGGCUGGCGACCGUGGGCGCUGGUGUGAUGGUCUGGCUGUGA